AUGUAUUGCAGGAAGAUGGCAUCGUAUAUCGACAACGAUGACUUGCUAAUCCAUUGCUUUCAAGACAACAUGUCUAGGGCUUCUCUAGACUGGUAUAUGAGUUUGGAACGUACUAAGAUCCUGUCAUGGAGGGACAUGUCUGAGGCUCUUCUGAAACAAUAUAAGUAUAAUCUUGAUAUGGAUCCGACAAGGUUGCAGUUACAGAAUCAAGCACAAAGAUCCAACGAAAUCUUCAAAGAGUAUGCUCAGCAUUGGCACGAGAUGGCGUCCAGGGUCCAUCCAGCAUUGUCAGAUAAUGAACUUGUGGAUAUCUUCAUGGGUACGCUCCAAGGGUUGUAUUAUGAGAAGAUGAUUGGAAGUUCGUCUACAAAUUUUGCAGAUAUGGUAACUAUUGGUGAACGCAUAGAAAACAGGCUAAAAUCAGGGAAGAUCACAAAUACAACCGCUCCACAAACAACGAACAAGAGGGCGCAUGAGGGUUUUGCAAAGAAAAAAGAGGGGGAGGAAAAUGAUGUGAAGGCAGGUGCCCACCCCCAAUAUUAG